UCUUCUCCUCACACUCAUCUCUCCAUCAGCUUCAUCCCUUCAUCAUCAGGUUGAGCAGAUAUGAACACGUCCAUGUCCAUGCGGAGUUUCUCCAUCGGCAGACAGCCGUCGUUCUCCAACUUAUCUCUGAGAGACAGUGGGCGUGGCAGAGCCAAAGCGGCCGUCUCCUUCUCCGCCGCCAAGCCCCUCUCCCGUUCCUCCUCCAUGAGCAUGGCUGACCUGAACAGCCUCUCCAACCUGUCUCUCAACGGCCUGGGCAACAGCACCAAUGAGAAGGAAGCCAUGCAGAGCCUCAACAGCCGUCUGGCCAACUACCUGGAGAAAGUGCGCUCUCUGGAGCAGUCCAACGCCGACCUGGAGCUCCGCAUCAAGCAGCUCAUGCUGGAGAGGAUUCCCAAAGGCCAUGACAUAGAAGCCAUGUUAGCUCAGGCUCACGCUCUGGAGCACGAGGUCAGGAAGAGGACUCUGGAGAACGCUCGCAUCAUGCUGGAGAUUGACAACGCCAAGCUGGCUGCAGAUGACUUCAGAAUCAAAUGGGAGACUGAGAGUGCUAUGUGUCAGUCAGUAGAGAGGGACUGUGUGGCUCUGAAAAAGGCCAAGACUGACCAUGAUCAGAUCAUCGCUACGCUACGAGGAGAUCUGGACAGCCUGAAAGAGGAGCUCUACUUCCUCAAGAAGAACCAUGAGGAGGAGAUGGAUAGCCUGCGAGCACGGAUCGCCCAGGAGGACGUCAACGUGGAGGUGGACGCCGCUCGUGGUCCUGAACUCGGCUCGGUGCUGUCCGAACUCCGCUCUCAGUAUGAAGGCAUCGUUCAGAAGAACAAAGUCGAGGCUGAAGACUGGUACCGCAAAAAGCUGGAGGUGGUGCAGAUGGAGGUGCGCGAGAACAACGAGGCCCUGCGAGGAGCUCAGAGCGAACUGACCGAGAGGCAACGCUUCCUUCAGACCCUGGAGGUGGAACUCGAGAGCCUUCACAAACAGGUUGCGGCGCUGGAGGGAAACCUGGGAGAAACGGGUCAGAAGUACGCCAUGGAGAUGGAGCGUCUGCAGGCCACGCUGAACCAGCUGGAGGAGGAUCUCUCUCAGCUUCGACUGGACAUGCAGCGCAACAAGACCGACUACGAGCAGCUCCUGCGCAUCAAACAGAACCUGGAGCUGGAGAUCGCCACCUACAGGCGCCUGCUGGAGGGAGAAGAAGCCGUUAAGGAAGUCCCUCCACCUCCUAAGAAAGAACCCGAUGUUCGCACCAGGAAGAUCGUCAAGGUGGUCACUCAGACCAUGAUCAACGGGAAAGUGGUGGACGAGUCCAGCGAGGUCGAACAAAUCGAAGAGUCCAAGAAAUAAGAAUCCCAGUCUGAAAUAAUGCUCCCAUUGUCCGUUAGGGAGCACUUUAACUCACCCCCCAACAUCCCCGCCAUCCCGAACACGUCGUCGCCUCCCAGGAGGCCCCAGAGGACGCUCACGUUUCAGUUUCAGACCCAUCAAAGCCUUUCACAGAGAUCAUCUUUCCUGCUUCUUUCUCCAGCUACACAAAGAGGCCACAUUACUGGAGCAGACAGAUCUCUGCUUCAGCGCUGUUCCUGGGAUCAGUCCUGCCUUUGUUCUCCAGUGUUUUUAUCAAAAGAAACAUCCUUUAUUAUUGUUUCUCUUUUCCUGCUUGCUUGCAAUUUGAGCUUUUCUUCUAGGACGUAAUGAAGCAGAUGAUAGUAGAGCUCUGUAAUCUGUAACCCAUGUAAACCCUUCAUAGUGUAAGACGAUGAAAAUAAAAUUUAAAUCCACUCACA